GGCGCCGACGGGCGGCACAGGACUGUCCCCGGGGAUCGCCCGCCGCCCCGAGCUCGGUGCUGCAGUGCGCGCCUUGAGUGUCGGCUGCAGGGGAAGCAGGCUGGAGGAACGAGCGGCCCAGGAAGGCUCCUUUCAGGCAGUGUUUACAGAAAACAAACGGAAGCGGAAGUACUCCAAUAAGUUGGGCAAGUUUAGUCACUUCAGUUGUUCACUCUUCGCCAAAGGCGGUACAAGGCACGGCCCGGUGCGGUAGGAAAUAAAUAAUAAAUAUGGAAGAGACAGUUCUAUCUGAAUGUGCACGGAGCUGGAAAAAUGCUAAAGAUAAGAGGAAGGCCUGGGCAAAAAGCAGAGACUCUUGGCAAAACUCUGAGGCCAAUGAUAGAGAGACAACAGAAGACAACAGUUCAGCAAACCUGCAACUGUCCGGAGCAUCAACUGAAGAGAAUGGCAUAUCGAAUAAGAAGAUUGAAAUUUGGCUUCAAGACUGUGGAGAGCCGUUAGGGGCAUCCUUGGAUGAACAAGGCCAUCCAAUGUUGAAGGGUGCAGUUACAAAAAAUGGAUGCAGUUUUGAGGAUGACUUGUCACUUGGUGCAGAAGCUAAUUACCUUCAUCCUCACAGCAACUCAUUGCUGACAGUAAGUGGCACAUCAGCUGAGGUUAAACGUAACAAGUUUUAUCAAAUGGGAAGCAGCAUGAACUCCACUGGUUCUGGCAAGAGCAAUGCUACUGUAUCGAGUGUUUCGGAAUUAUUGGACCUUUAUGAAGAAGAUCCUGAGGACGUCCUUUAUAAUCUUGGGUUUGGAACAGAUGAACCUGACCUUGCAUCUAAAAUUCCAUGUCGAUUUUUUAAUGCUUCAUCAUUUGCAAAAGGAAUAGAUUUUAAACUAUUUUUAGAUGCUCAAAUGCAACGUAUGGAAUUGGACAAUCCAAAUUUUGCCCUCACAAGUCGAUUUCGCCAGAUUAAAGUUCUCACCACAGUGGCUAAUGUUUUCUCCUCACUAUAUUCUCAAGUUUCUGGAGCUCCUGUAAAGAGGAUUGGUGAUGUGGCUGACGCCUCAACUGCAGGCCAAGUUGCUACUGCUGGAAAUAAUGCUGGCAGACUAAAGAAGACGGUAUCAAAACUCAACUUAUUUGGGGGUCAGCAGGUAAAAGCGACAGACACCACUAAUCAAACAGUUCCAGCAGGCACAGAAAAUUCCAAGACAUCACAAUGUUCUUUUGAAACUGACAAAAGCAUUACUGAUGAUGAGAAGAAAGAGGAGGUAAAACAUAAGAAAGAAAUGAGGUUGCAGAAAUGGCGUAAAUUGACUGACCCUUCUCUGAAACCAGUAACUGAAGAAGUGAUGACUGGAAGUGAAGGUCCUCUCUAUCCCUCAGAGUGUAUUCCUCAGGAACCUGCAUGCAACGUAACAAAUGGCUGUAUAGAACCCAAGCAGAAUGAUGCUGCUUACACUAAAGGAGGAAUGGGGAACAGCUCAGCUGACAUGAGUAGUAUCUCAGAUUCUUCUAUAGACUUGCAUGCAUCCACAGAUGAAGAACGUGCUGCCACUGAUGAGCAGACAUCUGCCCUCUCACAAGAAAACACAGUGAUUGAAUCAACGUCCCCAGUGUGUUCAACCACAGAUAAAGGGCUAGCUGCAUCAAUGCACAAUCCAUUGGUGAGCAACUUGAUGGAGCAGAAGGAAUUCUCAUUUGACUUGGAAGAGGUUCAAAGCAAUGAAGGUGAAGGACCAAAUCCACCAGGAACCAGAAAUCCUGUUCCACAUGGCAGAAUUUCAGCAACCAAUAAAGAACAUUUUACAAGAACCAGCAGUUCCCAUUCUGAUAGUAGUGGGUUUGCAGAAGAUCCAUCCUCUGACGUGACCGGACUGUCUCAGGGGCCAGAUGGUUACCUGCAAGCAAUGGGAAGCAGUGCUGACAGCUGUGACAGUGAGACCACAGUCACAUCCUUAACUGAUGAUCUUAAGACUCCUCUGAGUGCUGACCAGAAGUUUUUCACUCCAUUUCAAACGCCUGUGAAAGAGAUGACUCUGGACCUGAAAGAAACAAUUUUAGAUUUGAAUGUGGAGUUAAUUUCUGAUACUGCGAUUGAUUCCCCUGAUCAACAAGAAGCAGUGGAGAUGGACGGUGAAGCAACUGCUGGCCUGGAUGGUUCCAUACAGUCAGCUGACCAGACGGCUUUGGGUAUUAUUGAUGGUGAAGGGGAGCUGGACCCAAAAAGUGAUGUGAAGUGUGAAAGUGAGGAAGAUGUUCCUACAUACUCUAUGCAUCCUGGAACUGGACAAAGACGGAAGAGCAUAGACUCUGUCCUCAGUUGGCAUCCCAAACCCGAUGCUGCUACUUCUGAAAGCAUUGACUUUUCCUCUUCCUCAUUAGAUAAGAUUACCACAGUACUCGAGAGAGCAAAAACACAAACCUAUUCUGUCUCCAUUGCCUCCGGAAGAGCAAGGCGUCCGGUGACCAAAGCAAAUGAUCGAAUCAUGAGAGAAGGGGAGAGGGUCUCCAAGAAUGAUACUCUUGCAAAGCUCAAACGAUCUUCUUUUCAAAGGUCCAGCUCCCUUCCAUCUAAGCUGCUCAAUCCAGUGCGAGUGAUAUCAUCAUUAAAUGUACAGUUGGCACCAGACAGCAACACACAACACAAUUCACCAAGUUUCACCUAUAGAUAUUCUGCUCAGAAGGAAGGGGAAUUGCCCUCUGAUGAUGAAAAUGAUCAGUCAAUGUGUCGAUCAAUGCUUUUUAUUCCAACUGGGAUAAAAGAGAAAAGUAGGAAACCGUUCACUUUGAACAAGCAAGAUGAAGCACCACAACAAAGGUUGGGUUCACAGACACCACCAGUGGCAUCACAUUUAACGCGGUCUUGCUGUUCCCUUCAUACACUCCCUUCAGAUUGGCAAGACCAACCCCUGUGUGGUCAUGCGAGAACCAGGAGUAUGUGCAGUAUUCCCAACUUCGUGGAACCUACCUGUGCAUCACCUUUUGGAUACAUGUAUCCUCAGAGACCAAUGGCGCACUCUUAUCAUCACAGUCCAAUAAAUCCUCCAUCUGCUAUUGAAUCACAGCUCCGCAGAGUCCUUACUGAAAUAAGGAGCACGGUGCAGAAUCUUUCACGGAUCCCAAUAUUUCAGGGCAAUGAUCUAUCAUUCCCUUACUAUCCAUUAGUGAGAUCAGGUCUUUUACCUAUAUAUGAAAGCACAUAUCAAGAGCUGCAGAUAAUGAGAAGGAAUCUGAACUUUUUUAGAACACAGAUGAUGGACUUGGAAUUCAUGAUGCUGAGGCAGCAAACAAUGGUGUAUCGGCACUUAACUGAUGAGGAGCGGCAAGAGGCUGACCAACUGCAAAACCUUCGGAACUGUGUUCGCAUGGAGCUGCAGGAGCUGGAACUCCAGUUGGAGGAACGAUCAUUCGCUUUGGAGGAGCAGCUCAAAGCCCCAAGCCAGUGCCCUAUAUUCAGGCCGCCAUCUCAUGCUGAAGCAUUCACUAAUAAUGCAGAUGCCAUGUCUUCCUCCUCUUUCAAUGUAAUGGAACCGGUGUCUGAGCUUUUGAGGGAGCAGUCGUAUCUCCGAUCUGCACUGGGCUUCUCCGAACAAGUGGGUGAAGAAUAUGACUACCCACACUCCUACUAUGUCCCCUGCACUAACAUGGAGUCAGCUUCCCGCUCUUCAAGCCCAGGCCGGAUGUCUAGAUGUUCAGCACCAGGUUCUAUAAGUCAUGGUCCUUCAAGCACUACUGCACCACAUGGGAAACCAGUGAACCAAGCUACCUCAACACCACUUCAGAGCAGACAAGUGUAUCGCUCUUCAGUUCUACUGACUCCCUCACCACCAGCACGAGCUGCCCAGGGGGAGCCAUUUACAGAAAAUAGAUCAUCAUCAGGAAUUGUGGACCAAAACCCAAUAAGCCAGACAUCUGAACCAACUGGAGCUGCAGCCUCUCCAUCUAAAGGAGCAAGAAGCCAUAUCGUAGAGCAUCCAGAAUUCCACAAUGUUCUCCAAGAGAUAAAGGAAUCAAUUGUUGGAGAAAUAAAGCGAGAAAUUAUGGGUGGACUUCUAGCUGCGAUAUCACCAGCUGGUAAAGAUGUUGGGCAUAAAGAAGAGUAGAUGUGGCUACAGGAAGAAUUGCUUGGUUUCUGAAGAGUUUAUUCUCGGCACAACAAAAUUAAUUUCUUCACUUGGUUUACUGGCUCCUAACCACCUAUACUGGUGGAAGUUGCCUUUCAAAUGCAUUCCGCUUGGAUAUCCAGAGCUUCAGGAGGCAUUGUUAAUUCAGAGAUGGGUUGCCUUUUAUCUAGUGAACAUUCACAACACCUCCUCGUGAAUGUACUUUGUAUGUUGAUUAAUUGCUUCAUGUAACUUAGUGUUUUCAAAGUAAAUAACACAUCUACUAGUCAGACAUAGUAUGUAAAACUUAAAUUUGUUGUACUGUUUGUUGGUGGCCUGCUGUUGGGGAAUUAACACAUUAUGUGGUCAGGUUAAAACUUGAAAUUCCACUUUUACUUAGUUACUUUACUUAAGUUGGUUACGUGUGCUGUAACACUUUCAUGGAUGUUUAUUUAACAUUUCUUCUUGAAGCACUGACCUCUAUGAGGUACUUCCUGUGCAAUAACCGUAUCACAUGGCAAACUUGAAAAAACUAAUGAAUCGUUACUACUGUUUAUAAUCAUAACACUUAAUACCUGUGAAAUAUUCAGUCUACUACAUGUUAAGAAGAAAAAAGUCUUAUGUCAUUAGGUCUUUACAAAAAAAAGUGAGAAUUUAAAGGAUGAAAAAGCAUCUAUCUGAAUGCCACAAACUGGUUUAGAGGUGGUCUUACACUGUAUUUUAUAUGUAUUUAAUGCAAUUGAUAAUUUUGAAUUUAUUUGAUAAUUUUGAAUAGGAUGCAGUCAUGGGUCGGGAUUCAAAAGUACUUACGUGCCUAAAGCUUUUCUCUAAAGUUGUACUUGAUAUAUAUAUGAUACAUAUUUACUAAAAUGGUUCUUCUAUUAUGGAUUGUAUGCUGAAGAAAAUUGUAUAAUAGUUUAACUUGGGAUGCAUGUGGAAUAUAUUGAAAUCACUAAUAAAUAUUUAUUUUAACUAU